AUGGGAACAGACGGCGCGGGUCUACCAGGUCGGGCUCCGGUGGCCUGGUCAGUUUCCUGCGUAGAGCAGCUGCGUCAGGCCGACGUUGCUGGCGCCGCUGCCGAGUUUCGGUCGGAAGCUGUGGUGUCCGUGGAUGGGCGGCCUGUGAGACUCCAGCUCUGUGACACCGCAGGACAGGAUGAGUUUGACAAGCUCCGGCCUCUGUGCUACACGAACGCCGACAUCUUCCUCCUGUGCUUCAGCGUCGUCAGCCCCUCCUCCUUCCAGAACGUCUGCGAGAAGUGGGUGCCAGAGAUUCGGUGCCACUGUCCCAGGGCCCCCAUCAUCCUAGUUGGGACGCAGUCGGACCUCAGAGAAGAUGUCAAAGUCCUCAUUGAGCUGGACAAGUGCAAAGAGAAGCCGGUGCCGGAGGAGGCGGCGAAGCUGUGUGCCGAGGAGAUCAAAGCCGCCUCCUACGUCGAGUGUUCGGCCUUGACUCAGAAAAACCUCAAAGAGGUCUUCGACGCGGCCAUCGUGGCCGGCAUUCAGUACUCGGACACGCAGCAGCAGCCGAAGAAGUCCAAAAGCCGGACUCCGGACAAAAUGAAGAACCUGUCCAAGUCGUGGUGGAAGAAGUACUGCUGUUUCGUGUGAUGCCGGCGGGCGGCCCCGACGGGCUGUUUUCCGAUGGAGUCACACGAGGGGCUGUAUUAGCUGAAAGGACUCCUUUUACCGUGUAGAAGCCGCGCGGAGGACGCGUGCACAGGUGCGCCGCGGGAGGGGCUCCGACUCACCCGACCCUCCCUUGCCUUUGAUUUCCUUCUUGCUUGUUUGAGUUUAGGGAUGAGAUACUUACGCAAGCUGCAUUGAAGUAAGUUAAGCAUUUUUCAGGACUCUGGCAAUUUAGAACUCAUUAGACCUUUGGAUUAAUUUAUAUCUAAUAAGAGAAAGACACCUCAAAUCGGGGUGUCAAGAGCGAAAUUUUGCUACGUGAUGAUGUGCAGAACAAAGGGGACGUGGUGUGGGUGCUGUCCCCUGCCUGAGGGCUGCUCAGUGCACUGUGCUUAUGCACCAGGCCAGCUAUGGUAGGAAUAACUCUUAGCUUUGAAACCUCAUACUUUUCCCCCGCUUUUUUUCUAAGGAGCAAAAAAAAUCUGAGAAAAAAAUGAGAGACCUCUGCCUAUCAAACCUCACUUUUGUUAUAAUCUUAUACCCGGUUGCUUAAGAUUUAGAAACCACCACCACCAACAAAAACCCACAUCCCACUAACUCGGUGGCACUGUGUAGACCCAAAAGGAAAAAUUGUUGAUUAGGAUUUGUUCACCCUGAGACCAGUUGUGCUGAUACCAUAUAAGCAGAGUGCCAUGCGGAG